AUGGCUCAACCACAGGACCAGGCCCGGUUUGUCAUGCUCAUAGUCUUGCUGCUAUGGCUGACCUCGACCCCCGACAACGGCCCGGGCAUCAUGUCCGCUCCGUCCAUCGUCGCCGCCCGCCUCGGCCGCCAACGCGUCGCUCAUACUGUACUGAACAACACGCAGUGGGGCGAUUUCGCACCGCCACCUCCCAGUCAAGACCCCGAUCAACCUGCUGCGAGUAUACUGAACAAUGGUACUGGUUACCUCAACAUCACCGGCUUCAGGGAAGAGGACAAAUUUGCAUGGCGGGACCUGGACCUCUUUCGACAGCGCUGCCUGGAAUGGAGUCGCAAUGCUUAUAGAGGUACCGGUCAGCAUGGCGAGAAGGAAGGUGAUAGAUGGGAUUUGGCACAGGGCUGGCCAACGUGGCAUAAUGCAACCGGCAUAGUCCACGGGAGCUGGGUUCGGGCGGACGCCAGCGAGCGGCGAUCCAGUGCUUCAUAUAACCUCACCCAGCUGGCGCCAACGAUACCAUGGGCCAUUUCAGAAUUCGGCAGGAAUAUCACAGGCAAGGAGGGCAAGAUUCUAUUGCGGCUAGACGAUAAACAGAAGGGCACGGAGCUGCCUGACCUCGAGAUGGACGAAUCCACAGAAGAAGGGCAGGAACGGAAGCCACUGGUCAAAACGGGCGGCGUCGUCAGGGAGGUGUCGGCAAUGGCCAGUAUUGAGGAUGUCACUGGCAGUGGAAGCACCCACCACAUUGUUCUUCACGGCGUGCACUGGCCAAGGCAGGGCGCGAUGCUCCUCACCACGACAAGCGACAAGUUCGCCGGCAUAUUUGGCCUCCCCCACUUGACUCCAGGCCUGAACUUCUUCCGCACGAGCCAGAAGCUCCUUAACGAGACCAUCGGGGAGGUCCUUCGCCGCAAGGAGAAGGCGCGCUUUUCAGAGGUCACCUCUAACCCUUGGGGCUCGUACCCAAACAUGCCGCAAGAUUCAUGGAACCCGUUCCCUCACUGCGAGUAUGUCAUGUACGUUCAGGUUCAUCCGCUCGAUACCCAACAAUUAGGAGAGCGCCUUUUGGGAGACAGUGCAAAUGAGAGACUUGACGGCUUGAUUGGUCGAAUCGAGGACGAACUGCGCUUCCCUAGCGGCGCACCACUCCCCCGACGUGUUCCAGAUCUGCAAAUGUCGGCCGUCGUUUAUUCCCCUGAUUGUGCAUAUUUCCUGCAGACUAAAGGGCCGCCAGCUUUUGCACCCGCCGAUGGCCGUCAUCUUGUCGGCUUAAAGGAGGAGGUUUACACCUAUUCGACCAAGCUGCAUUUACUCGCCUUUGCCGGGCUCAUGUUUGCACAAGUCCAGCUCCUCAAGAUGCAGAUGAGAGAGUCAUCGACGCCAUCGACGAUAGCACGGGUGAGCUUUUGGACGGCCAGCAUGAUGGUCGUGGCCGACGGCAUAGUAUUUGGGGCAUCGUCUUUCUUGAGCUUGUCCGAUUCCGCAACUCUAUUGCCCUCCUUAUUGUUGACCUACGCGGGCUUCAUCUCCAUGACAAUAGGAGGCAGUUUUCUGUACGAGGUUUACAAGGUACAGGAGCCCGAGAGGCGUCCCCGCGAAAGAGAGCAGCAGCAGCAGCCGAGCGCAGCAAGCUCAGCUCAGGAGGCUGCAGCUCGUGCUGCAACGGCCCGAGCAGCAGCAGCAGCAGCAUCAGCACCGCAUCAAAUACGACCGCAGACAGCACCAAUUAUAAUUCCGUCGGACCAGGACAUCGACGCUGAAAUCGAGGCACAUCCGGAUGCUCCCAGUAUCCUACCGAUAACAAACCCAGCCGCUGCAACGACGGCAACCAUGGCAACAACACCGUUGGCUCCGGACCAACCAGCACCGUUUUCGACCAUCUUGGGGCGUUAUGUCCUUUUUGGGGUGGUACUUUUGUUGCUUUCCAUCGCGGCCACAACUUGGUGGGCGCGUGCCCGAGAGAUCUAUAUGAAUGGUCUGGCAUUUUGUUAUCUGUCUCUCUGGGUGCCGCAGAUCGUACGCAAUGUGACACGCAACUCUCGCCGGGCAUUCUCAUGGCGCUUCAUGGUCGGCCAGUCAGUACUUCGACUGAUUCCAAUAGCCUAUUUCUACCUCCGUGAGCGGAAUAUCGCAUUCUCAAAACCGGAUCGGGAGACUUUUCUCAUGUUGGCCGGCUGGGUGUGGUGCCAGCUGUGGAUUCUUGGAUUUCAGGACAUAUUUGGGCCACGAUUCGGUAUCCCCAAGGGUUGGGCGCCCGAGGCGUGGGAUUACCACCCCAUCCUCAGGGAAGAUAGCGUCGAGGCAGGGGGCCUCCCGAUUGGUCUCCUCGGAAGCGGAGAGCCCGGGAGUCCGUUAGCAGGCAAACAACGUUUCCCAGCGGCCGGGGAUGCCAAAGAAGACAUGGACGCACACACUAGACUGCACAGCAUUGACUGUGCCAUCUGCCGCGAGGUGCUGGAAGUGCCCGUUAUUCGUGCAGGCCACUCGGAUCCGGCAGGGCCUGGUGGUGUUGCUGGUGUGUUUGCUAGGAGACAGUAUAUGGUGACGCCUUGUCGACACAUCUUUCACAGCGAGUGCCUCGAGGGUUGGUUGCGGUUCAGGCUCCAGUGUCCGAUAUGUCGCGAGAACCUGCCGCCGCUGUGA